AUGGAAAAGUGCAUGAAACUGUCAUCUUCUGUAGCUGAAAAAACUUUAUGUGAACUUGCAGUUGCCUCGAAAGUACCACUCGAAUUACAGCGACCUUUGACAUAUUAUAAAAUAAAGGAUCUUCCUUGGUUCGACUUUAAAGACAGAAACGGCUGUGCACGUGUGGUACCUCAGACGAUGAGACAUGAACUUAAUCCAGCAGCUGAAUGUAACAGCAACGACUCCCACUUGUCAGUGAUACUUUCGGGCGAUUCAGAUGGAUUCAGGAUCCUUUGGAAGCUGGUUUUAACGACCGAAGUUUGGAAACGUUAUACUGGAAUUCAAGGGUUUUUUUUUUAUUUCUUAAUGCGACUCGUUUUUGCCAUGCGGAUUUUCAUUAAUUUUUAUCGGCCACAUAUAACGCUAGACUUAUGUUAUAUCGUUUACGAUCGUGCAUAG